AUGCUCCUCCGAGAGGCUUAUGAUCGACCGCGGCAUCUCCAGGCGUUGCUAGCACUCUGUUCUCGAAGGAGACUUCCUCUCAAUGCUAUUGAGUGGCCAGAACUUCACGAUCUCCUCCUCUCCGCCAAUCCAGAGAUCUCGGAUCUUGCACACCUUAGCAGAAGAACAUUCACUCGUGUCCUGGUCCUCAACUACGAGAGAUAUCGUCAAAUGCUCCGGGGCAACAUCCAGGAAGCCAUUGGUGAUAUCCAUAUAUCAACAGAUAUGUGGACAUCUCCAGCUCGAAAGGCAUAUCUCUGCAUCUGUGUUAGGUGGAUCUCCCAGGAUUACCAGUUCAAACACGGGAUGCUGGCGCUCCCACAGGUGCUCUUUAGUCAUUCUGGAGAAGUUCAGGCGGCUAUCAUCCUCCGCACCCUUAAAUCUUUCGGGAUUACAACUAAACUCGGCUAUCACACUGGAGACAACGCCACUUCAAAUGAUACUCUACUUAGAGAGCUCUCUCGUUCUCUAAAACUUGAACUUGGGAUUGAGUAUGAUCCAAUUACCCACCGUAUCCGCUGCCUUGAUCAUAUUCUCAACCUUGCCCUUCAAGCCUCUCUCCUUGCAGCCUCAAAGGAAGCUCUCAAAGCUGCUCUUGCGGCUAUCGAAGAAACGGAAGAUACCGACCCUUACGAGCUAUUCUCCGCCUAUCUGGAUGUGCCAGUUAUUGAAGAUAACCUGGCCUCAGUAAGAGCUCAUGAGCAAGCUCAGAGAAGAGGUGGUAAGGUUAAGGCGAAGCACAAAGGCUUUGAAGGCUGGGGUGCUACUACUGCGCUCCAGAAGCUCCAUAACCUAGCCGUGUGGCUUCGAAGCAGCUCUAUCCAUCACGAUCGAUGGAUAGAGGCUGUAGGCAUUACAUUAGGGAUCGAUAACGACACCCGAUGGUCCUCAUGGUAUCAUCUCAUCAAGCGUACGACACGCAAGGAGCGACAAAUCAAGGACUUUAUUGACAAAUGCCCUGAAUGCGAUAGCUUUCGACUCAAUGGACUUGAGUGGGAUACACUGAAGCGUACCGAGAGGUUUCUCUCUGUAUUUGCCAGUGGUACACUAUGGGUUGAAGGCAGUGAGGCUUCAUUAUCCCAGAGCCUUACACUGAUGGAUGCUAUCCUCACCUUCUUUGAGGAUCAGAAGAUGCUAUAUAAAUCCGGCCCAGAUAAGGACCUCCGCAUGGUCAAUUCCAUUGAGAUGGGUUGGUUUAUCCUUGACAAAUACUACGCUCUCGUUGAGUCGACGCCAGUAUACGCCGCCGCGAUGCUUCUCGAUCCCUCGAAGCGGAAACAUUAUCUUAUUCAGAACUGGCCAGACGAAUGGCAUCAAAAGACUAUUGAUGCUGCGUAUUUGAUCUGGCAGAAGGAAUACGCGCACCUCACUCAUGAAUCAGCCCCUACUGCUGCUGCGACUGAUGUUGAUACGUCUCAUCCAUCUUCAAAGAAGAAAAUAGAGAAUGAAUUAGACCGGCUGAAACGUCGUCUGAGAGUUCAACCUACUCCGCAAGAGGAUGACGAUACGUUUAUGGCAUUUAUUGAAGAUAAAACCAUUGAUCUUGAUGCUCUAAAGAUGACUCCUCUUCAGUGGUGGCUGCUUCCAGAGCAGCGCCGGCGUUAUCCUCGUCUGCACCGUAUGGCCAUCAGUAUUCUCUCAAUCGCCCCCUCAUCUGCUGAACCAGAACAACAAUUCUCGGGCGCACGCCGUACACAGAGCUGGGAUAGGCUUAGGUUGUCGCCACAGAACCUCCAGAGGUUAGAGUGCAUGGGCAACUGGUUUGCCCGGAAGCUCAUCUCUUCGGAGGAGCUGCUAGCAAUGAUUGUAGAGGCUGUGGAGAUGGAUGGUGAGAUGGAUAUUGAUUUCGAUGAAGAGGAUUGGGAUAUAAUAUAA